GUGUGUGCUUUGUUUAGACGAAUAAAAGCGAGAAGUAGUUGUGUGUGAAUACAUAAUGGAAGAAAACAUUGAACUGGUUGAAGCUCAAGCUCAUAUUUGGAAUCAUACAUUCAAAUACAUCAACUCCAUGUCUUUAAAAUGUGUAGUUGAAUUAGGCAUACCAGACAUUAUCCACAACCAUGGCCAACCCAUGAGCCUUUCCCAAUUACUUGAAUCACUCCAUAUUCAUCCCUCCAAAGCUCAAUGCCUUAGCCGCCUUAUGCGCCUCCUCGUUCAUUCCGGCUUCUUUGCACAACCCCAACCCGACUUCUUCUCUCUCACCCCGCCCUCUCGUCUUCUCCUUCGCGAAAACCACAAAACAGCAUUCAAUACCACGCCCUUCUUGCUUCUAAUUCUUAGCCCACUCAUGAUGUCUCCAUGGCAAACCAUGAGCAAAUGGCUAUGUAGUCAAGACGAUGAUCAAGAUCAAGAUCAUUAUUCAACUGCUUUUGAAUUGGCAAAUGGGAAACCGAUAUGGGAUUAUGUUAAAGAAGAAGAAGAAAGUUGUGGUUUCGGGAAGCUAUUCCAUCAAACAGUGGAGUGUGAUUCUCGAUUAAUUGGGAAAGUGGUGAGUAGUGAAUGUGGAGAGAUGUUUGAAGGGUUGAGGUCAUUGGUUGAUGUUGGUGGAGGUGCUGGUGCUAUGGCUAAGGCCAUUGUGGAAGCGUUCCCACAUAUCAACUGCUUUGUGCUUGAUCUCCCUCAAGUUGUUGCUAACCAAAAGCCAAAACAACACAUACAAAACCUACACUUCAUUGAAGGUGACAUGUUUCAAAAAAUCCCACCAGCAAAUGCAGUCCUAUUGAAGUCAAUUCUACACGAUUGGAAUGAUGAAGAAAGCAUCAAGAUAUUGAAGAAAUGUAAAGAAUCAAUUCCAAGUAGAGGUGAGGGAGGGAAAGUAAUAAUAAUAGAGAUGGUGUUGGAAAAAGAGUUGGAACAGAUGAAGAAAUCAUCAGUUGAAACUCAACUUUGUUGUGAUGUGUUAAUGAUGACAAUUUUCAGUGGUAGAGAAAGGAAUGAGAAAGAAUGGAACACUCUUUUCUUAUCUGCCGGUUUUGGUCACUACACCAUUAUUCCUAUAUUGGGUUUAAGGUCUCUCAUUGUGGUCUACCCUAAUUAAUUACAAUACCAACUUCUACCCUCUUUCCCAAAGCUAAGUCUCAUCCCAUUUGCCUUUACCUUGCAAAUAUCCAAUAUGUAUAAUGUCAAAUCUUUAUAUUGUAACAAAAGAUUGUGAAACAAUAAGACAACUUUUUGUUUUGUUU